GGUGAAUUGUCAAGCUGUGUCCCUGUGAGUGUGGACAAUGACAGAGAGGAUGAAGAUGACUCGUGGGAACCUCUGUCUUCUACACGGCUCACUCAGGACGCUUCACAGUCUGUAAAAUCUCAGGAGCCUGUCUGAGCAGAGAUGGAUUCUCACUGGGGAGGGACAGAGAUGAGGACGUGACUCAGACAGAGAGAGCUGAGAAGUCUGAGACACAGAGGAAGAGAGAGGUGACCUAUGGGAUGCUUAUGGGUCAGGGUCGGGGAUGGCUGGGAGGAAUGGCUCCCCGGAAUAUAAUAUAAACUUAAUAAAUAUAUUCCUGUAGGCAUGUGGGUGCAAUUGAACAUGGAAUUCAGAGACCGUUGGUGCCUAUGACCAGAUUUACAUGAAGUCGAGAGUUAUCAAAUUUCAUUGCUUAUAACUCAGGAUUGUCUUUUGCAAGAGUAGCAGUUGGUAUUAACCACAGAGCUAUUACUUCAGUGCCUCAUAUUCUAAAAUUUAGAUGUCCUGAAAAGAAAAUUGUGGUAUACCCACUGUGGCCCAUUCCAUGUCUUCAGAUAUAUGAAGUUGUUGACUCUGGGAAACAAGGAAAGUAGCUUUCUGUUUUUACUUUUAUUCCAAAGCCUUGUGGAAAAUUACAAAUAAUGAAAAUCUCAUACGCUGCACACUGAUUUUUCCUAUGGAUUACUGGUUCUCCCACAGGGUUAGUAAAUACCCUGGUUCCCCCUUAACUGGGCUCUCAUGUCUGGCUUCAGUGGGAAAGGAUGCACUUGACCCAGCAGAGACUUGGUGCACCAUAGUGUGGAGAUACCCAGGUCCUACAUCCUCUCAGAGCAGAAACAGAAGAGAUUGGGGGAAGGGACUCUGUGAGGGCAGGGGACCUAGAGUGGGGAGAGUGAUCAUGGUGAUAAUAUAUAAAUUAUUGGAGAAACAAAAAAAAGAGAGAGAGAGAGAAAGAAAGGAAAUUUUUGAGUCUAUACACACUAUAUUCUCCCCUAAAAGGUAUCUGGAACGACUCCUCUUACAAGAGCUUCAAUAAGCUCUUCAAAGAAAGCCAGACAGAAAAAAAAGCAUUCAAAGACAUAAUCCUAUCUAGAGGCUUUUUGUUUCAAUCAACUGCAUUCUGACCUUGGUCAUAAUAGGUCCAUGCUCAUCCUAUGAUGAAAAUGCAUUCUAACUUCAGUGAUCCUAUUAGUCUGUAGGAGCUCCUAUACUGUUCAAAUGUCUAAAGUCUCCUCUGACACUCAAGGCAAUAUCUUGAAAGCAACGACUUGUAAAAUUAGAGAGCAAGUUUAUCUUUCAAAUAUACAAUGGCACAGAAUGCCCCUUCCCAUUCCAAUAGAUAGGAAUGUGCACAUAGAGAAGAUUGGGCCAUGGCAAGAAGCAAAGCAUGGUAAACACCAGACCCUGUAGCUUUGUUUCAGACACAUUGGACUUCUUUUUAUAAAGGCUUAGAUGGCCCUAUUCUUGUGACUUCUCAUACAUCUCUCAGUUUGGGUACUUCUUCUCUCCCUGCAUGCAUAUCUUCAUGGCAGAUUUCUCAAUGCAUUAGGUAUCUCAACACCCUGUGGUUGCAAAAUGCAACUUAAACAUCAUCCUCACAACUUCAAUGCAAUGAACUCUCACAGAGUCUUCCCUGGGACUCUGACCCUGCCAAAAGAUGGCUGCAGUAGUGCUAAACUGAAAACAUGAAGAAGUCAUGACUGAAAUUUUCAUCUUUCAGUUCCCAGAAGCAGCACAAUAUGGAUGAUUCUGUCAAGUUUGACUUCUAAGUUGCUGGACCCUGCCUCAUUUGGACCACAUUUGCAGCAGGUUUCAUUUAAAGUUUCUUCGUGGGUCUAAGAAGCACUUUCCCUACUACUUCCAUUAAUUUACGACUUAGCAGGAGGAAGUGUUGCACUUAGGGUACCUUCUUAGACAUAUACCCACAAGGGCAUGUGCUCCACUAUGUUCAUAGCCUUUUUAUUUAUAACAGCUAGAAACUGGAAACAAUGCAGAUGUCCCUCAACUGAAAUAAGGGUACAGAAAAUGUGGCUCAUUUACAAAAUUGGAAUGCUAUUCACCUAUUAAAAACAAGGUCAUUAUGAUAUUUGCAGGCAAAUGGAUACAACUAGAAACUAUCACCCCGAGUGACGUAUCCCAGACCCAAAAGGACAUUCAUGUUUGUACUCACUUACAAUUGAAUAUUAACCAUAAAGUACAGAAUAUCCACAUUACACUCCAUAGACCCAGGGAAACUAAACAAGAAGGAAGACCCAAAUGAGCAUGGUUGAAUCUCAUUCAAAAGGGGGAAUAAAACAGUCAGAGGAGGCAGAUGGAGGAAAGAGGACUGGAUGGGAGAGUGGAUAAGUAAGGGGAAGGUGGUUGGGGAGUCAGGAAAAGGUUUGUUGAGACACAGAGAGGGUCCGAGGGCCAGGAAAAUGAAUUGAAAUCUGCAGCUGGCAGAAGUGGGGGAGGGGGCAUCUUUGACAUAUGCCAGAGACCAUGAAUGGGAGGGCAACAACGAGUCUAUGGGGGUGAUAUUAGCGGAGAUGCAUAGCAGUGACCAUGAAGAGUCCACAUCCUGGAGCAAGGCAGGACCCCCCAGUGGAGACUUAAGGACACCAACUGAACCAAAAAUCUUUCCACUCAAUAUUUGACCUAUGAGAAAUGCAAGCACAAAGAUGGAGCAGAGACUGAGGAAAUGGCCAAACUAUACCCUGCCCAACUUGAGACCCAUCCCACAGGCAAGCACCAAUCCCUGACAUUACUGAGGAUACUUUGUUAUACUUGCAGACAGUAGCUUAGCAUUAUUGUCCUCUGAGAGUCUCCAUCCAGCACCUGAUUGAAGCAGAUGCAGAUACCCACAGCCUAACAUUGGACAGGGCUCAGGGAGUCUUUUGGAAGACUUUAGGAAAGGAUUGAGGGCCUCCAAAGGAACAGGAAGUCCAUAAGAAGACCAUCAGAGUCAAAUAACCUGGACCCUAGGAGACUCUGAGUCUGAGCCACCAACCAAAGAGUAUACAAAGGAUGGACUGAGCUGAGCAGUGGUGGCGCACGCCUUUAAUCCCAGCACUUGGGAGGCAGAAUCCCAGCCUGGUCUACAGAAUGAGUUCCAGGACAGCCAGGGCUACACAGAGAAACCCUGUCUUGAAAAAACCACAAGAGAGAGAGGGCGGGCGGCGGGGGGGAGGAUGGACCGAGGCCCCAGCCCUGUAUGUAGUGCAUGUGCUAUUCAGUCUUCAUGUGGGUCCCCUAACAACUGGAGCAGAGGAUAUCCCUUAAGAUUUUGCCUGUCAGUUCAACAUGUUCCUAUAACUUGGCUGCCUUGUCUGACCUCUGUAGGAGAGGAUGUGCCUAACCCUGCAGAAACUUGAUAUGCCAUGGUUUUGAGAUACACAAGUGGUUCCCACACUCCCUGGGGAAACAAAAAGGCAUCAGAGAUGAAGGAUUGUGUAAGGUGGAAUGAGGAGGGGUUAGCAAUUGAAAUGUAAAUUAAAUAAAUAAAUGUGAAAAAUGAACAAAUAUGUAUAAAUAGAAUAAAAAUAUAGAAAGCAGCCCAUUUUUAAAUUUUGCUCUACUCAAUAUCUCAGGGCAAAACCUGAGUAAGAAAGAUUUUUGGCCAAAAUAUCACACAAACGACCUCUAGCUAAAUUCUUCAGAGUCUAUUUUCCACGGAAAUAUUAUGACCUCAACUUCCUCUGGCUGCAAUACUGUCAACACUCCAAUCUUCCAGGUCCUAUGAGAACAACUGAUUAAGCUCUAUGUACAGCUUUGACUUUUGCCAUCUCAAUUUCUGAUAUUUUCCACAUUCCUUCAAAAGAGAACAUGAAUUCUGUCCAGCAGUAAAAUUACCUUUUUCUUUUAAAAAGAGAUUUAUUUAUUUUAUGUAUGGCGGGUGAGCAGGGUACAGGGACAGAGAGGGUCCUGAGCAGCACUGAGUACAACAGUAAAGAAUAUUCUGGAGACUGUAUUGGAGGAUAGCUCAUUUGUUAGGAGGGGGAGGGGAUAUUUAUACCCUAAGGAGAAUGGACAGUCAAGCAUUGGCUGGGGCAAGAACAUUGAAGGUGCACCCUUUGCAUACUCCAGUACAGCCAGGGGUCAGGAGAAAGAACCUUAUAAGGUCAUACACAAAGGAAGUCAAGCCCUGAAUGUUUCAGGUCCAGCACUCAGAUAAAAGGCAACCAGCCCUCAUUAUCCUGGAGACACAUGAGUUUAUUAGUUGCUACAAGCACCAGGACAAUUUGUGCCUAGGAAGCCAGGUUGCUGGGAUUUGUUGGUGCCAGAGGGAGGAGGCAGGAAGUGGGGGAGGGGCAGCCAAAAUCUUGUCACUCUCAGGAUGAGAAAAUCCAGUGUUUGGGGCAUGCUUUGACCCCUUCUCAGCUCCAGGCCAACCCUGCAUCUCUUCAGAGUGUAUACUUUGAGAGCAGAGAAGUCAUACUAUACUAGGUUGAGUUAAUAUAAUUGUAAAAUGGUCUUUACACAAGGAACAUCCCUUUGGACCUCAAGACUCUCAAGAGAUAGACUUUCUAAGUGUGCUAAGUGUGGAAGAGUCUUUCCCAGAAAAGAUUCCUCACAGUACAUUUCAGAAGUCAUAUAGGAGAAAAAUGACAGAAGUGUGUUCUUUGAUAUGUUGUCCUCGUUACAUCAAAGGCUUUCUACCACACUCGGCCUUCAGGAGACAAACACCAGAGAAUUCAUACUGAGAGAACUGUAGUGUGUAAGCCUCUAUGUAUACUUGCUGCACACUCUGGGUAUUCAAUGUAAGAGGAUUCACACUGGAGAACUCUCCAUGGGGAAAGUUAAUUUUGUGAUCUUUCAACAGCAGCUUUACCUUUUUUUUUUUUUUUAGACAAGGUCUCAUGUAUGCCAAGCUGGUUUCAAGCUCACUAUGUAGCAUUGAACUGCUCACCUUCCUACCUCUGCCUCCUGAGUGCUGGGAUUGAAGAUAAUAAUUUUAAAGACACGCUUUUUAUUUUAAACCAGGAAAUUCAAAUAUGUUAGAGAAAUAUCAUUACAUAUAAUAAAUAUGGAAGUAGAGUAGAAAUUAAAUUUUAUUUGCCAUUAGAGAUAAACUAUAAAGAUGGGGAAAGUUGCUCUCUUGUUCUCUUACACCUGUUUCCUGCUUGCUUCUCUCCCUAUGGUCAUGGCUGGCUUCUACUUCCCUACUCUGUCCCUCUCGCUGCCUUUCUCUGCCUCUACUACCCUUUUAACUCUCCUCUCCAUGCCCUGAAUAAACUUUAUUCUAUGCUAAAAACAAACAAACAAACAAACAAAACAGAUGGGGAAAGUUGAAAAGAUUUUUGGGCCAUAAACAAAUAAAUUACCUAAAUUCAUGAAGACUGUCAACAUGGCUUCCUUAGGUCACAGACAAGCAGUUCUUUACUAAAAGCCUCCUUAUUUUGUCUCAAAAAAAAAAAACCAACUAGCCAGGCAUGGUGGCGCACGCCUUUAAUCCCAGCACUUGGGAGGCAGAGGCAGACGGAUUUCUGAGUUCGAGGCCAGCCUGGUCUACAAAGUGAGUUCCAGGACAGCCAGGGCUAUACAGAGAAACCCUGUCUCGAAAAAAAACAAAAAAACCCAAACAAACAAAAAAACAAACAAAACAAAAAAAACACCAACUAAUGGGACUCAGGGUCUGAUGAUUGUCUGACAAAAAUUAUUGCAAUGGAUAAUCAAUGCAAAUGCUAUCAACAACAACAUAUCUUGCUUCAUCAUAGAUAAUAAAAAACCAUCAACCUUGAAGAUUCAGAAAGAUCAUACAUCCCUUAGCAUAUUCUUCAGGAUCAAUGUAUAUAUGACUUUAAAACAUUUGAAGAAGGCUCAGGUUAUAGCAUCAAUUUCUGCUGCAUAUUCUGUUUUCAUUACAAACAACUCAGAGUAUAAUAACUUAUCAAUGUGUUUGUUGUCAGUAGCAUUUCACUAUUUAUUUAGGGGUGCAACUUCUUAGUUCUAAUAGCAAACCAACAUCUAGGCAGAAUUAAAGACAUACCAUUGUCUUGAAGUGUUCAGAUGCCAAGAAUAAUGAUAAGUUCAAACCAAAGCCCUUACAGAAAAAUGGAGAGUAGACACAGCACUAGUUUCUGUUCAGAAAUCCUAAGUAUUUGAGGAAAGAUUCCUUCCAGUAACAAAAGGACAGCAGUUUUAGAAUAUUAUCCUCUUCACAGAUAGCAUUCAUACAUGAGAGUAAACAUUUUCAAACUGGCAAAGAUUUGAAAACUAUCCCUUUCAAGGAGAAAUUCCCCAAGACAACAUAACAGUAAUAACUCAUAAUUAUAUGUGAACCACAUCCUAAAAGACAUGUAUCAGGGGUGUUCUCUAUAGAUAUUUUAGUCCUAAGGAGGUAAAACCUGCAAGAACUUCAGUAGCCCUUCAAUACUACAGGGCAAAAUGUGAUACAGAUACACAGUGAAAUACUCAGAAGUUAGUGAACUACUGAUAUAGUAACUAGCAUAAACUUAAAAACACUGUGGAGUGCAAAGCCAGAUGUAAGAAAAUGAAAAACUUUUUAGUGGGGGGAAAAAUCAAGAUAGUAGUUACCUUUAUACUGUACAGGGUGUUUGGAAGUUGUACAGUUGUGAUAUAUAUAAUGGACACAUACAUAUCUCUAUAUAUUAAAUCCAUUGAGGGAGUUUGUAAGGAUGACUCAGCAAAUAAUAGUACUUGCUACUCUUGAAGAUGACCUGUGUUAAUUUUCUUUUUUUUUUAAAGAUUUAUUUAUUUAUUAUAUGUAAGUACACUGUAGCUGCCCUCAGACACUCCAGGAGAGGGAGUCAGAUCUCCUUAUGGAUGGUUGUGAGCCACCAUGUGGUUGCUGGGAUUUGAACUCCUGACCUUCGGAAGAGCAGUCGGGUGCUCUUACCCACUGAGCCAUCUCACCAGCCCCUGUGUUAAUUUUCAAUACCCAUGCUUGGUGGUUCCCAACUCCCAGUAACUCUAGUUACAAGGGACCUGAUAACUUCUGACUUCCAUGGGUAUCCAUUUGUUCACAGUACACACAAACGCAUACUGGCAGACAAACACAUAAGUAAGAACAGAUUUUUAGAAAAUCCGUUGAAGCUGGGCAUUAUGGUAGAGCAGAAGGGAGAUAGGAGUCAUGAGGUCAUAGUCAUCUGAGCUACACAGUAAUGUGAAGUCAACUUAGGCUACAUGAAAUAUUGUCUCCAAAAAAAGAAAAACAAAACAACAAUGACAUUGAUUUGCAAAGAUGAGGAAUUUAUACCUGUCAAUACACACACACACACACACACACACACACACACACACACACACACACACACACACACACACACAUAUAUAUCUCAAUCAUAUAGCCUGCAUGUAUGUCAGUGUACCACAUGUAUGCCUGGUGCCCUCAGAAGCCAGAAGAGGGUGUCAGAUGACCUGACACUGGAAUUACAGACAGUUGUAAGCCACCAUGUGGGUGCUAGAAAUGGAACCCAAAUCCUCUGGAAAACCAGCCAGUGCUCUUAACCACUGAGCAAUGUUCAAGCCCACAUAUAUCAGUUUAAAAAUAGUUUUGGUUUGGUUUGCUUUGUUUUUUUUUGAGGUCAGGGUUUACUAUGUAUCACAGAUUAGCCCAAAACACCAUAUGAAGUUCAGGCUGAUGUUGCAUUUGCCUCCGUUCUACCUCAGGAUCCACAUGCUGGCAUCACAAAAGUGGACUACCAUACCAAGCCAUUUUAAAACUAGAUGCCAGGGCUAAAGAGUUGGGUGAAUAAUUAAGAACAUUUAUUACUCUAUCAGAGAGCUGGAGUACGGAUCCCAACACCCACUUUGGGCUGUUCCCAAAUUCCUGUUCCAGAGGAUCUAACAUCUGCUUCUGGCCUCAAAGAGCACCUGCACACACAUGUGCACAUAUACAUACAAACAAAUACAUAUAAAAUUAAUCUUUAGGAGCUGGAGAGAUGGCAUACUGUUCUUGCAAAGAACUCAAAUACACUUCCCAGCAUCCAUAUUAGGAAAUGUUACAACUGCCUGUGUCCCUGUGUUUCCAGUUCCAGGGGAUAUGCUGUUUCUGGACUCUGCAGGCAUCUGCACUCAUAUGCACAUUCACAUUCGCACAUACCCAUGAUUUUAAAAUAAUAAAAUAUUUAAAACUAAAUGCCAAUUAAUGAAAGAGUUUCAUAUUUCAAUUUUAAACAAACCCAAACAAAAAGCAAACACAAAAAUGGAUCUUAUUUUAUAGGUGAGAUUCUGUAACUAUUAAUAGUUACCCUACCUGGGACUAACACCAUCAGAGAAUUUGUCAUUCAUAUGCUUGGAGAGUUAGAUCAAAAAUAGCGAUAUAACAUUAGUUUGAUCUAGUAGUUCAGCAAUCACUCCAAACACCAAUUUCCAUCUUUCCCUUAGGCUGCCUUAAUAUUGAUUAUCUUUUUUUUUUGUUACUGUGUAUGGUUGUUUUGCCCACUUUCAUGCCUGACUCUCCAAGAAGACCAAAAAAGAGGAACUAGAAUUACAAACAAGUGUGAGCCACAACAUAGGUGCUGGGAAUUGAACCUGGGUCCAGUGGAAGCACAGCAAAUGUUCUUAGCCUCUGAUACAUCUCUCUAGCUCCAUAUAUGACUUGUUCUUGUAUUAGCUCCCAAUUACAUGACAGCUGCCAACACAGGCAGAAUGUACUUCUUCUUGCAUUCCUAUGGCUACUUUAACUCCAUUACUACAAACUUAGUAUCUUAAAACAAGAGAUAAACCUUAAUAAAUAUUUUUUUUCUUGUACUCUGGAGGCCAUAAGUAUUAAAUGAGCAUUACUGUCUGAAAUUAAUGAGUUGGUAGGGUUAAGCUCCACAUGAAGUCUUCAGGAGAAAAUUAAUUCCAUGCCUCUACCAGCUCCUGGUGGUUGCUCUCAUUCUUUGGUUUAUGGAUACAUAACUAUAAGCUUUGCCUCUGUGGUGACAACUCCUUUUGUGUACAUAUAUGUGUGUGUUCAAAUCUCUCUGCUUGCCUCUUAUAAAAGCACGUGGCUGCAUGGGUAAUCCAGGAUAAUCUUCCCAACACAAACACAUUUAAUACUUAUGUAAAGACUCUGGUCCUUUAUGAGAAUAAUAGUCACAGGUUCCAGGGAUCAGGCCCUGACAAUUUUAGAGGCCAUUUUCUAACCAAACAUAUUUUCCAAAUCUUUAGUCAAAACUAUAGGCUUCCCAGUUUGUGCUCAUUCAUUUAACCCAAUUGCCACUAAGAUACAUUUCAGUGAGUGGUUCAGAUCAGAGUAACAUAUAGGUCUGUGGAUUAACUUCAGAGACAGGGGAAACAGAAUAAAUCAUAUGGCUACACUGAGGACUAACCCCUGUUGCUAGACGGCCAGGCAUCCUCAUCAUGGCUUCCUAAUAGAGCACCUAGACAAGGGAUGAGUCAGGUGGUCUCAUACACAAACCCUAAAGAUGUUCCUCUCACUCACUAAGAAUCCUUUGAAAUGUGGCUUCCUCCCUAGUUGGAGGAAAUACCCUUUCUUUUCCCCUUACCUACCAGGGAAAGCCAUCUUUCCUUUCAAGCACUCCCAAAUUAAGCUUUCUGCCAGGGAGAAGGAAAAGAGGAGAAGGGAAAGAGGAAAUGGGAAAAGAAUUGAAAGAGGGGUGACUGGGAGAAGAGGGGGCUGAUAUUGGGAUGUAAUGUGAAUUAAUUAAUUAAUUAAUCAAUUAAUUUUUAAAAAGACAGACUUCCUUUGUGGAACAGCCCUGGCUGUCCUGGAACUUGCUUAUGCCUCCCAAGUGCUGGGAUUAAAGACAUGAGCCACCAUAGCCAUGUGAGAAGACACUUUUAAUCAGGAUCUUUUGAGAUCAAAAGAUGGUCAAAAAAAAGGUGGUCAAAAGAUCCACCUUUAACCUCAGCCACACCUUCUGCUGACAUUCUCUAUAAAGGACAUGGAAGAAAGAAAUUCUCACUCUUUGUCUGUUUGUUCUUGCUCUCUCUGGCAAAUCCACUAUGUCAAUGGCAUUAGAUCCUACCUGUUUGGGAUUCUGAUUCAUACAGCUGAGACAUCCAGCCUUCUAGACUGAACAAGUACUGAAUGUUUGGAUCUUCCAUUGGUAGAUAGCUAAUGUUUGCCUAGUUGAACCACAGCCUGUAAGUCAUUUUAGUAAAUCCCCUCUAUCAAUGGGUGGAUGGAUUAUUGAUAGGGUAGAUAGAUAGAUAGAUAGAUAGAUAGAUAGAUAGAUAGAUAGACAGAUAGACAGAUAGAACAAUCCAUUCAUUCAUUUGUCCAUUCAGUUGUUUCUCGGAGAAACCUAAUAGAGUCAUCAAAAGAGUCCUUGCUGGGGCUGUCAAGAGAGUUCAUCACAUCCACAAAAGAACAUUUGUGAACAAGUAAUUUUUGUGAACAUUUCUCCUUUAGUUUGAAUCCAACAAAACAAAGGUCAAGAUGCCAAGCCUCUACAAAGCCCCAUUGUAUUAAUAUUUGAAAUUUUAUUGAGUCUAAUGAGGAAGAGAAUAAAUGACACACAUGGGCUUCUAAUUCUGGAGCACAAGCAUUUUCAACUCUGUAAGUUUACUCAUGCAUCUCAAAAGUUAUUCUCAAUAGGUCAAGAGGUUCUCUGCAUGUCCCAACAAAUUAACAUUUUAUUUUUAUGAUUCUACUAUUAAAGGACCCUUUACCCCAAUAUUGUUUAAGUUACUGUAGUUUGUGCAUACAUGUGAAAAUUAAUUUAUGAAUCUUAUGUUCUUAUUAUGCCUGGUUUACUUUGAUUUCACUGACUUUGAAAAGUUUUCAACUGGGCUGAACAUGGUGGCACAAAACUUUUAUUCCAGCACUCAGAGGCAGAGGUAAGUAGAUCACUGUGAGUUGGAAGCCAGCCUGAUAACCAUAAUAAGUUCCAGGCCAGCCAGGGCUACAUACUGAGACAAAAAAAAACAAAAAAAAACAAAAAAAAAAAGAAAGAAAAAAAAGAAAGAAAGAAAGAAAGAAAGAAAGAGAGAAAGAAAAAUAAAUCAUAUUGGAUUUUUAAGUAUGUUUUCUAUUUCUUUUACCUUUCCCCCAAUAGUUUUAGCACAUGUCUAUUUUAUCUAUUUACAAAACAAGAACAUCUAAAAUUUUUAAAUCAAAACUGCUAAUAUUUCCUUUUGUUCUGGAUGUGUAUAACCAUUCACAGGUAUGUAAUAUAUAAGUAAACAAGAAAAAAAAAAAAACCCCAGAAACUAGAAAGCAAAGUUUGAUCCAGACUUUAGGUUCGUCCUACUGGAUACAAUCCAGUCCACCACCACCACUAGGAGCACACCUUAACCUUGAGAGACCAGUAACCCUGUCCACUCUAGAAAUGUGGACACAAUCUCCAGAACCUGCAGAUGGAAGGACAGAACCAAACUCCUCAAGUUACUUCCUGUACACACUACAUAUGUUGUGGUGCCGAAAUACAAACAUGCACAAUAAAUAAAUGUAAGCUCUUUAAAAAUCAAUUUUCAAGCCACUGAGAUGGCUCGUCAAGUAAAACACUUCCUACUUAAUCUGCCCACCUAGGUUCUAUUCCUGCAACCCACAUGAAGGAAGGACAAAACCAAUUCCUGAAAGCUUUCCCCUGACUCCACAUGUACACUGUGGUAUGAAUGUGCAUGUGCAUGCGCGCACGCGCGCGCACACACGCACACACACACACACACACAUAAACACACACACACACACACUAAAUCAAACAAAAAAAUUAAUGAACUGUUUUGGUUUGUUUGUUUUUCAAGACAGGGUUUCUUUCUCUGUGCAUUCCUGGCUGUCCUGGAGCUCACCCUGUAGACUAAGUAGGCUAGGCUUGAACUUACAGAGAGCCACCUGCCUCUGCCUCCCAAAGUACUGGGACUAAAGGUGUGCAACACCACCACCCAGCUUUAACAUUUAAAAAUAAGAACCAACUUUUAACUGAAAAGAGAACUUGCCUCCUUAAAAUAAUAAAGCUCUCUCUCUAUUGAACCAUUGGAUGAUCCUCAUAAACAAACUCACACUGACAUCUAAAAUAAAACCCGUCGGUCAAUGACUAUUUUCCACAACUCUGUCACACAAUAAUAGUCUGCCAAACAGCCAGGGUUAUUUAAUUUGAAAUAUUAAAACAGGAACCAAUUACUUAUUCAAUGGGUAUGGUCCUUCUGAAAGCUACGAGAUUCUAAGGAGGGCUAACGAUUUAGCUCAGUCAUCGGUGUUUGCCUAAUAUGCCACAAAGCUCUGAGUUCCGAUACCAGCACCACAGAAAGAUGAGCACCGUGGCCCACAUCUGUACUCCUUGCUCUAGGAAGGUGCAAGCAAGAAGAUUAGGAAUUCAAGGUUAACCUUAACUACAAAGUUCAAGGACAGUCUGGGAUAUAUGUGAUCCAGGAUGAAAUGGAAUGAAUGAAUGAAUGAAAAAUUCCAAGGAAGUAUUAUCAUAGUAAAAGUGGCAUAAUAAUCUGAGUCAAUACCAAAUAUAAAAAUUAAUUGCAGAAAAAAUUAACAGGGCUAGAGAGAUGGCUCAGCAGUUAAGAGCACUGACUCUUCUUCCUGAUGUCCCGAGUUCAAUUCCCAGCAACCACAUGGUGGCUCACAACCAUCUGUAAUGAGAUCUGACGCCCUCUUCUGAUGCAUCGGAAGAUAGCUACAGUGUACACAUAUACAUAAAAUAAAAUUUAAAAAAACAUUAAGAACAAUAUGUAGUCUAUUUUAGCCGUAAGAAUAAGAAGCAUGACCACAGUUAGACACAGUGUUGCCAACCCUAUUUAGAAACCUCAAAGGAAUACAUAAACCCUGGGUUGAGAAGGAUAGGUCGCUAGGCUCUAGGCAUCAGUAUGUCUGGAUCCCAAAUAAGACAAGAUUACAUAAAUCAGAACAGAAUAUAAAGAGACCCUAGGAAUAGAAUACUAGACAGUAUAAGGAACACAACAGAAUUCUUUGUUGUUCUGAGCUGUCUAGAGUUACAAACAUACCAAAUUAUGAUCAGGGGCAGACUUCAGGUUCCCCCAAUCUAAUCUGCCAAUAGGAACAAACCUAGUCACAGGUUACCUAAUAACUGGCAUUACCAGAACCCACAUCCUCUUGAUGUGUAUCGUACAAAUGAAUCCCUGUGUGUGAUCAAGCCAGCUCAGUCAGUCAACAGGGUCUCAAGGGAGGGAGUGAGGAUUGAAAAGAAAAAGACAAUUAGACUUAAUACCACUCAAACCUGUGCAGAGGCUGAAGUGGGUUUAUUUUUCUCCAGUCUGUUUUUAUGCCAUUCUAAGUACAUGCAGAGAAUAAGGUCAGUUUUCAGUCAAGGAACAAACAAGGCAAUAAACAAGGUCCCGUGGUAUUCAGGGACUUACAAGAUGAUCAAGAUCUUGAGCCUACUUUCUUGUCCUAGCCCAAAGUCAAAUUCUUGCCUGAGCCUACUUCUGUGUUCUAGUCUAAUGUCAAAUUUCUGCCAAAUUCCUAGAAGCUGCCCUAAGAGCUCUCCAUAUGCAUGGAUAUUUACAGUUAGCCUCCCUGGGACUGAGGGUAAUUUUAAUUCUCCUCAUACAUCUCUGAUCCUCCGUGUCCCUUUGUAACUGGUCUUUGCUACUUUGUCGGUUCUCUUUUUCCUCCCAUUAUUAUCCUUACCCCCCUUUCUACCCCCUAACACUAGACAGGAAAGGAACAAGAGUAGAGGGGAGAGAGUGAUUAGGAAGAUCCCCGAAUCUGAUUUCUUUUCUCUUGCUUCUCCUUUGGCCUCAGCUACUAACAAACUACAACCAACCUCCUCCCUAUACAACCAACAACUGGCCCACCCCAGCCCCCAGCCUAUCGGGCUCUAACAUUUAUAUACCCUCUGAAAAGUUCCCAGAGUUCCAAAUAUAACACAAUUACCAAAACUCUGCUGCAGACAGAACCGCGAUUCUGCUAGAGCACAAGGCAAAUAAAUCAUGGUCAGUUGCUUCAGGCAGUCGGAAGCAGCCCUACGUCCCUAUACCCGGAAUCAAAAUAAAAGCACCUUCUUAUAAUAUUUGGUUUUUUUUUUUUUCAAGAAACCAAAAUUCUAGAAUUUUCACUACAUCCCUUCCUCUGCUGGGGAAAACUGGAGAGGACAUUUAGUGUAGCCUACCAUAUCCUUCAAGUCCACCAGGUCUCCACACUUACCACCUAAACGUUGUAAGACCAUACAACCCUGCCUAAACCAUACAACCCUGCUCACUCUACAGAUCUGGACGCAAACGCCUGUCCUCUCAUAGAAACGAGUAAAAUUUUAAUUCCAAUGCCUAAUGGCUUUCUGUUUCUACGGUUUAGUCCUUUCUUCCUCUCCCUUUAAGGACACCGCUGAAACUACAGCACGAUUGCAUUCUUUUCUCCUUCCCCUAAGGAAACUCGGUUAAAUGACUUUGUCUUCUCUUGCCUUCGACCCACAGCCAGUCCCCAUCCGGGUCCCUCCCCUCUACACUAGUCGAGCUGUGUAUUCUGUGUGUCCCCUCCUUCCGCCCUCCUUCCGCCCUCCUUACUCUGCUACAAGGCGAGCAUCCCCCAGCCGAUCUAACACCAGCACUUCUUCCGGUUUGUCCAAGUUCAUUUGCUCCUGUUAGUGGGUUCGACUCCCUCCUAGUCUCGGUCUCUGUCCACGGAGAUGCUUAGCAUCUUAGUAGCCUCCUUCAAAGGCUUCAUCCUAGUUCUUUAGCAGCCAGUAGCAGACGCUUACGGACUUCGGCUUAGCCUGCCAACAGGAAGGACGCCAACAGAUUGCCGCCGCUCGACGUCCGCGGGGGCGCCUGGGAGUUGUAGUCCGGACCAGCGAGCCGACUCAGGGGCUAGACCGACAGGCAAGAGCCAUUGUGUUUAUCGCAAGCACUCGUAACGCUGCGUGAAAGCCCGUCGGGGACAACUCCUAUCUUCUGUUUCAUUUGCAGCCUCCGGAGUCCAGUGUCGGCUUCGUUAGUGGCUCCACUUCUAUGGACCCCGGAGAAGGUGUGUAGUCGUGGGUCCGGAUCCUGAGGAGGCAUCCCGUUCUAGAUGGGGAACACGGUUUAAGAAAACCGACCGCAUUCUGGAUUGGAGGACAUCAACCAUCCCCUCUCGGACGAUCAGCAUUCUGCCUCCUACCGCUAGAGAACACUGAGGACAGUAUGGCUUCCACGCUUCCAACAACCUGGCCCCAUGAAUCUGUGAAGUUUGAAGAUGUAUCACUGAGAUUUACCGAGGAAGAGUGGGCACUGCUAGAUCGCCAACAGAAGUGCCUGUACAGGGAAAUCAUGAUGGAGAACCUCAAUAACAUGAUUUCAGUAGAAUGCUCUGGGCAUUCUCUGGACCCUGAAAUGAAUUCCUUUCCUGCUGAGAGUCCCCUGAUGAAGAUUAAGGUUGUUGAGGUCCUUACAUUGAACAAGGAUAUGGCUGGUCCCCGGAAUGCCCUGAUUCAAUCCCUCUAUCCAGAAAGUGGGGAAGACUUGAACCCAGGUAACCUCAAGCCAGCUCAACAGCCAAGCAAGCAUUUGACUGACACUGAAGCUUCGCGACAGAAGUUCCGACAUUUCCAGUAUGAAGAGUCAGCUGGUCCCCAGAAGUCUGUGUCCCAGCUUCGUAAGCUGUGUCACCAGUGGCUGCAGCCCAGUACACGUUCAAAGAAGCAGAUCCUAGAGUUGCUGGUGCUCGAGCAGUUCCUGAAUGCAUUGCCUGAGAAGCUUCGGGUAUGGGUAGAGUCGCAGCACCCAGAAGACUGCAAAGCAGUGGUGGCUUUGUUGGAGAAUAUGACCUCAGUGUCUAAGGACGAUGCUUGGCUUGCCUGUUCUAGUGAAGCCACUGAUGAACUAAAGGAGAAAAGGAAGGAUGUAGCCACCUUACCAGUUACUGUACCACCUGAGGCGCCGGUGACUUUCCAGGAUGUGGCUGUAGACUUCAGUCAGGAGGAGUGGCAGCUACUAGGUCCAAUGCAAAGGACCAAGUAUCAUGAUGUGAUGCUAGAGACCUUGGGCAACUUGGUGUCUGUGGGGUGGGAGCCUACGUUGGGAAACAGAGAGUUAACUCCAGACUCUCCCAUACCUGUGGUAAAGCCAAUUCAUGACCCAAACCCAAAAGAUCUCUCGAGGAAUCGUACCCAGUCUACCCUCUUUGAAAGUAUCUCACCAGAUGAGGUCCAGGGAAGGCACACCAUAGAAUCAAAUCCAGUGGGGCUUCUACAGGAAAAAGGCCACCCUCAGCAGAAGCUCUCUGAAAGCUCCAAGUCUCAGAACCAAACUUGUAUUGACAAAAGCCAGUGCUCACUCAAUGAAGUUCUUCCUAGAAAUCAUGUAAAAGUUAAGCAGAAGGGCACGGGAAAGGGGAAAGGCAGGACAAACACCAUUUCCAUGACAGGAGGUUUACGCAUAAGAAAUCAGCAGAAGGACUCCGUGGAGUGGCGAGACAGGAGUGGCAGCACUCCUGUGACACAUGGCUCCUCUAUAAAAAACCAACAAUUGGGUUCUGAGCAGGGAAAAACUCAGACCAGCAGAGAUCCCAUUACACUUGCUGUGCCUGCAGAAUUUUACCAGGAAGCCACUGGCUCUGAAGAGGGUAGGUUUAGGAACAGUAGCAAUGCCAUGGCAGCUGAUGCACCUCCAAAGAUUCACCAGAAAGGCCCUGAAUGGCAUAAAGCUGGGAAAAGUAACAAUUCCAUGUUACAAGGUUCAUCUGCACAAAAUCACCAGAUGGGGUCUAGGGCAGGAAGAGCCAGGGACAACAGCAUCUUAACACAUGUAAAAAUUCACCAGAAAGGCUAUAAAGAAGGCAAAAUCCAAGGAAACAAUAAUUACUUGAAACAUGUAAAACCUCACCAGAAGGGUUCUAAAGAGGAAAGACUCAGGGAACUUAGCACUUGUCAAAAACAUGUCCCCUAUGUAAAACAACACCUAAAGACCUCAGGAAGAGGAAAAGGCAGGAAAAUCAAUGCUUCCAUAAAAUGUGGUCCCUAUAUAAAAACUUACUAUAGAGGUUCUGAUGUGGGAAGGCUCAGGAGAGCCAACAAUUGUAGGAAAGCCAUCAGCCGGCAUGCUCAGCAGAUAUCCUUUAUAAAAAUUCACAAGGGGAGCCAAAUUUGCCAAUGCAGUGAAUGUGGUAAAAUGUUCCGGAAUGCUAGGUAUUUCUCUGUCCAUAAGAAGAUCCACACAGGAGAGCGGCCUUACAUGUGUAUGUCCUGUGGGAAAGCAUUUGUUCAGAGCUCCUCCCUCACACAGCAUCUUAGAAUUCACAGUGGAGAGAGACCCUUUGAGUGUUCAGAGUGUGGGAGAACUUUCAGUGACCGCUCAGCUGCCUCUCAGCACCUGAGAACUCAUACUGGAGCUAAGCCCUACCAAUGUCAGCACUGUGGGAAAGCUUUCCGCCAGAGUUCCCACCUCACCAGGCAUGUGAGAAUUCAUACUGGGGAGCGACCUUAUGUGUGUACCAAGUGUGGGAAGGCAUUCACACAGAGCUCAAACCUUAUUGGGCAUCAGAAAACACACAGAAAGAAGUUCAAGAAGCAGCCUAAAUUGUAGACUUUGUGCCUUUCAGAGCACUAUUGUUUCAGCAUUGAGAUGUACCAUGCAGUCACUGAGUAUGAUAGGCUUUGGAUAAGGAGAGCCCCACACCUUAAGGACAGCACGGGAAACCACCUAGCAGGCAGCCAGUGAAACCAUCAGGGAGGUUGUUUUGUUUUUUUUUUUAAGAUAGUUUCUUCAUUUACAUUUCAAAUGCUAUCCCCGAAGUCCCCUAUACCCUCCCCCCACCCUGCUCAUCUACCCACUCCCACUUCGUGACCCUGGCAUUCCCCUGUACUGGGGCAUAUAAAGUUUGCAAGACAAAGGGGCCUCUAUUCCCAAUGAUGGCCAACUAGCCCAUCUUCUGCUACAUAUGCAGCUAGAGACACAAGCUCUGGGGGUACUGGUUAGUUCAUAUUGUUGUUCCACCUAUAGAGUUGCAGAACCCUUCAGCUCCUUGGGUACUUUGUCUAGCUCCUCCAUUGGGAGCCCUGUGUUCCAUCCAAUAGAUGACUGUGAGUAUCCACUUCUGUAUUUGCCAAGCACUGGGAUAGCCUCACAAGAGACAGCUAUAUCAGGGUUCUUUCAGCAAUAUCUUGCUGGCAUAUGCAAUAGUGUCUGUGUUUGGUGGCUGAUUAUGGGAUGAACCACCGGGUGGAGCAGUCUCUGGAUGGUUCAUCCUUUCAUUUUAGCUCCAAACUUUGUCUCUUAACUCCUUCCAUGGGUAUUUUGUUCCAUAUUCUAGGGAGGAAUGAAGUAUCCACGCAUUGGUCUUCCUUCUUCUUGAUUUUCUUGUGUUUGGCAAAUUGUAUCUUGGGGAUUCUAAGUUUCUGGGCUAAUAUCCACUUAUCAGUGAGUGCAUAUCAAGUGACUUCUUUUGUGAUUGGGUUACCUCACUCGGGAUGAUAUCCUCCAGAUCCAUCCAUUUGCCUAAGAAGUUCAUAAAUUCAUUGUUUUUAAUAGCUGAAUAGUACUCCGUUGUGUAAAAGUACAUUUUCUGUAUCCAUUCCUCAGUUGAGGGACAUCUGGGUUCUUUCCAGCUUCUGGCUAUUAUAAAUAGGGCUCCUAUGAACAUAGUGGAGCAUGUGUCCUUAUUACCACUUGGAACAUCUACUGGGUAUAUGCCCAUGAGAGGUAUUGCUGGAUCUUCCUGUAGUACUAUGUCCAGUUUUCUGAGGAACCGCCAUACUGAUUUCCAGAGUGGUUAUACAAGCUUGCAAUCCCACCUGCAAUGGAGGAGUGUUCCUCUUUCUCCACAUCCUCACCAGCAUCUGCUGUCACCUGAAUUUUUGGUCCUAUCCAUUCUGACUGGUGUGAGGAGGAAUCUCAGGGUUGUUUUGAUUUGUAUUUCCCUGUUGAUUAAGGAUGUUGAACAUUUUUUCAAGUGUUUCUCAGCCCUUCGGUAUUCCUCAGUUGAGAAUUCUUUGUUUAACUCUGUACCCCAUUUUUAAUGGGGUUAUUUGAAUUUCUGGAGUUCAGCUUCUUGAGCUCUUUGUAUAUAUUGGAUAAUAGUUCCCUAUCAGAUUUAGAAUGGGUAAAAAUUCUUUCCCAAUCUGUUGGUGACCUUUUGGUCUUAUUGAUAGUAUCUUUUGCCCUACAAAAGCUUUGCAAUUUUAUGAGGUGCCAUUUGUCGAUUCUUGAUCUUAAAGCACAGGCCAUUGCUGUUCUAUUCAGGAAUUUUUCCUCUGUGCCCAUAUCUUCGAGGCUUUUCCCCACUUUCUCCUCUAUAAGUUUCACUAUCUCUGGUUUUAUGUGGAGGUCUUUGAUUCACUUAGACUUGAGCUUUGUACAAGGAGAUAAGAAUGGGUCAAUUAGCAUUCUUCUACAUGAUAACUGCCAGUUGUGCCAGCACCAUUUGUUGAAAAUGCUGUCUUUUUUCCACUGGAUGGUUUUAGCUCCCUUGUCAAAGAUCAAGUGACCAUAGGUAUGUGGGUUAAUUUCUGGGUCUUCAAUUCUAUUCCAUUGAUCUACCUUUCUGUCGAUGUACCAGUACCAUGCAGUUUUUAUCACAAUUGUUCUGUAGAACAGCUUGAGGUCAGGCAUGGUGAUUCCACCAGAGGUUCUUUUAUUGUUGAGAAUAGUUUUUGCUAUCCUAGGUUUUUUGUUAUUCCAGAUGAAUUUGCAAAUUGCCCUUUCUAACUCGGUGAAGGAUUGAGUUGGAAUUUUAAUGGGGAUUGCACUGAAUCUGUAGAUUGCUUUCAGCAAGAUGGCCAUUUUUACAAUGUUGAUCCUGCCAAUCCAUGUACAUGGGAGAUCUUUCUAUCUUCUGAGAUCUUCAAUUUCUUUCUUCAGAGACUUGAAGUUCUUAUCAUAUAGAUCUUUCACUUCCUUAGUUAGAGUCAUGCCAAGGUAUUUUAUAUUGUUUGUGACUAUUGUGAAGGGUGUUGUUUCCCUAAUUUCUUUCUCAGCCUGUUUAUCCUUUAUGUAGAGAAAAGCCACUGAUUUGUUUGAGUUAAUUUUAUAUCCAGCUACUGCACUGAAGCUGUUUAUCAGGUUUAGGAAUUCUCUGGUGGAAUUUUUAGGGUCACUAUUAUAUCAUCUGCAAAUAGUGAUAUUUUGACUUCUUCCUUUCCCCUUGAUCUCUUUUUGUUGUCAAAAUGCUCUGGAUAGGACUUCAAGUACUAUAUUCAAUAGGUAGGGAGAAAGUGGGAAGCCUUGUCUAAUUCCUGAGUUUAGUGCGAUUGCUUCGAGUUUCUCUCCAUUUAGUUUGAUGUUGGCCACUGGUUUGCUGUUGAUUGCUUUUAUUAUGUUUAGGUAUGGACCUUGAAUUCCUGAUCUUUCCAUGCCUUUUAUCAUGAAUGGGUGUUGGAUUUUGUCAAAUGCUUUCUCUGUAUCUAACAAGAUAAUCAUGUGAUUUUCGUCUUUGAGUUUGUUUAUAUAGUGGAUUACAUUGAUGGAUUUCCGUAUAUUAAACCAUCCCUGCAUCCCUGGGAUAAAGCUUACUUGGUCAGGAUGGAUGAUCGUUUUGAUGUGUUCUUGGAUUCAGUUUUCAAGGAUUUUAUUGAGUAUUUUUGCAUCGAUAUUCAUAAGGGAAAUUGGUCUGAAGUUCUCUUUCUUUGUUGGAUCUUUGUGUGAUUUAGGUAUCAGAGUAAUUGUGGCUUCAAAGAAUGAACUGGGUAGAGUACCUUCUGUUUCUAUUUUGUGGAAUAGUUUGAGGAGAGUUGGAAUUAGGUCUUCUUUGAAGGUCUGAUAGAACUCUGCACUAAACCCAUCUGGUAUUGUUUUUUUUGCUGGUUUUUUUUUUUUUGUUGUUGUUGUUGUUGUUGUUGUUUGGUUGGGACACUGUUAAUGACUGCUUCUACUUCUUUAGGGGAAAUGGACUGUUUAGAUCAUUAAUCUGAUUCUGACUUAACUUUGGUACCUGGUAUCUGUCUAGGAAGUUGUCCAUUUCAUUGAGGUUUUCCAUAUUUGUUGAGUAUAGCCUUUUGUAGUAGGAUCUGAUGAAGUUUUUGAUUUCUUCAAGUUCUGUUUUUACGUCUCCUUUUUCAUUUCUGAUUUUGUUAUUUAGGACUGCCCUUGUGCCCUCUAGUGAGUCUGGCUAAGGGUUUAUCUAUCUUGUUGAUUUUCUCAAAGAACCACCUUCUGGUGGUUGAUUCUUUGAAUAGUUCUUUUUGUUUCCACUUGGUUGAUUUCAGCCCUGAGUUUGAUUAUUUCCUGCAGUCUACUCCUCUUGGGUGAAUUUGCUUCCUUUCAUUCUAGAGCUUCUAGGUGUGCUGUCAGGCUGCUAGUGUAUGCUCUUUGUAGUUUCUUUAUGGAGGCACUCAGGGCUAUGAGUUUUCCUCUAAUACUGCUUUCAUUGUGUCCCAUAAGUUUGGCUAUGUUUGGCUUCAUUUUCUUUAAACACUAAAAAGCCUUUAAUUUCUUUCUUUAUUUCUUCCUUGACCAAGGUAUCAUUGAGUAGAGUGUUGUUCAGUUUCCACGUGAAUGUUUGCUUUCUAUUAUUUAUGCUAUUAUUGAAGAUCAGCCUUAGUCCAUGGUGAUCUGAUAGGAUGCAUGGGAUAAUUUCAGUAUUUUUGUAUCUGUUAAGGCCUGUUUUGUGACUGGGUAUAUGGUCAAUUUAGGAGGAGGUACCAUGAAGUGCUGAGAAGAAGGUAUAUCCUUUUGUUUUACAAUAAAAUUUUCUGUAGUUAUCUGUUAAAUCCAUUUGUUUCAUAACUUCUGUUAGUGUCCAUGUAUGUCCAUGUUUAGUUUCUGUUUGCAGGAUCUGUCCAUUGGUGAGAGUGGGGUGUUGAAGUCUCCCACUAUUAUUGUGUGAGAUGCAAUGUGUGUUUUGAGCUUUACUAAAGUUUCUUUAAUGAAUGUGGCUGCCCUUGCAUUUGGAACAUAGAUAUUUAGAAUUGAGAGUUCAUCUUGGUAAAUUUUUACCUUUGUCUUUUUUGAUAACUUUGGGUUCGAAAUCAAUUUUAUUCGAUAUUAGAAUGCCUACUCCAGCUUGUUUCUUUGGACCAUUUGCUUGAAAAAUUGUUUCUGAGGUAGUGUCUGUCUUUGUCCCUGAGGUGGGUUUCCUGUAAGCAGCAAAAUGUUGGGUCCUGUUCGUGUAGCCAGUCUAUUAGCCUAUGUCUUUUUAUUGGGGAAUUGAGUCCAUUGAUGUUGAGAGAAAUUAAAGAAAAGUAAUUGUUGCUUCCUGUCAUUUUUGUUGUUAAAGUUGGGAUUUUGUUCUUGUGGCUGUCUUCUUUUAGGUUUGUUGAAGGGUUACUUUCUUGCUUUUUCUAGGGUGUAGUUUCCAUCUUUGUGUUGGUGUUUUCCCUUUAUUAUCCUUUAAAGGGCUGGAUUUGUGGAAAGAUAUUGUGUGAAUUUGGUUUUGUCAUGUAAUACUUUGGUUUCUCCAUCUAUGGUAAUUGAGAGUUUUCCUGGGUAUAGUAGCUUGGGCUGGCAUUUGUGUUCUUAGUGUCUGUAUAACAUCUGUCCAGGAUCUUCUGGCUUUCAUAGACUCUGGUGAGAAGUCUGGAGUAAUUCUAAUAGGCCUGCCUUUAUAUGUUACUUGACCCUUUUCCCUUACUGCUUUUAAUAUUCUAUCUUUAUUUAGUGCAUUUGUUGUUCUGAUUAUUAUGUGUCGGGAGGAAUUUCUUUUCUGGUCCAGUCUGUUUGGAGUUCUGUAGGCUUCUUGUAUGUUCAUGGGCAUUUCUUUCUUUAGGUUUGGGAAGUUUUCUUCUAUAAUUUGUUGAAGAUAUUUGCUGGCCCUUUAAGUUGAAAAUCUUCAUUCUCAUCUACUCCUAUUAUCGGUAGGUUUGGUCUUAUUGUGUCCUGGAUUUCCUGGAUGGUUUGAGUUAGGAUCUUUUUGCAUUUUGCAUUUUCUUUGAUUGUUGUGUCCAUGUUCUUUAUGGAAUCUUCUGCACCUGAGAUUCUCUCUUCCAUCUCUUGUAUUCUGUUGCUGAUGCUCGCAUCUAUGGUUCCUUAUUUUUUUCCUAGGGUUUCUAUCUCCAGAGUUGUCUCACUGUGUUUUUUUUUUUUGUUUGUUUGUUUCUUCUUCCCUUUUUAGAUCUUGCAUGGUUUUGUUCAAUUCCAUCACCUGUUUGGUUGUGUUUUCCUGUAAUUCUUUAAGGGAUUUUUGUGUUUCCUCCUUAAGGACUUCUACCUGUUUUAGCAGUGUUUUCCUGUAAUUCUUUAAGACCUUCUACCUGUUUAGCAGUAUUCUCCCAUAUUUCUUUAAGUGAGUUAUUUAUGCCCUUAAAAUCAUCUACCACCAUCAUGAGAUAUGAUUUUAAAUCUGAGUCUUACUUUCCGGGUGUAUUGGGGUAUCCAGGACUGUGGUGGGCGUACUGGGUUCUAAUAAUUCCCAGUGUUCUUGGUUUCUGUUAGUAAGAUUCUUAAGUUUGCCAUUCGCCUCUGGUAAUCUCUGGUGUUAAUGUUCUAGCUGUCUCUGGCUGGAGCUUGUUCCUCCUGUGAUUCUGUUAGCCUCUGUCAGCACUCCUGGGAGUUCAACUCUCACCUGAGUCCCAGUGGUCAGAGCACUCUCUGCAGGCAAGCUCUCCUCUUACAGGGCAAGUGUCCAGAAGUCUGGAGCUCAGAUCCACCUCCUGAGUCCUGGGGUCAGAGCCAUCCCUGUAGGCCAACUCUCCUCUGGCAAGGAAGGUGCCCUGGGGUCUGGGUCUCAGCUCCACCUCCUGGCUGAGGAUGAAGGCCCGAAGGGACCCUGUCCAAGAACUUCUGUUGCUUCUGUCACCCAUGUACUCUCCCGUGAUCACCUAGUCCUGGGUGUGCUAAGGGUCCUGCGGCGUGGAGAGUCAUGGAGAGUCCUCUGCAUCCCUUGAAGCCCUUGGCCAGGUUCACGUGGAAGAUGGCGGGGCUGGCCCCAACCGGAAUGGAUCCCAGCCUCUAGUCCGGCGGAGUUCCUUUAUCCCUCUUCCUGCUGGCACAAGACCUUCUGCGAUUCUUUGGAGCUGAUGUUGCGGUCCACUCACCCUUGAUCCCGAGGUUCUGUGGCGUGGAGCGUACUCUGGAGCCCUUGGCGGCCUCCGCCUGGUUCAGGCAGAAGAUCAGAGAGUUCUUAAUUGCUUCAUUUAUCCUCAAAAGGAAAUAAAAGAUCUGAAAAUGUGUCUAAGGUUAACAAGCUCAAGUUUCAAAAAUUGCACUGAUAUUUUUAUACAGGGUAAAGUGUGUAAGUGAACAAAACUAAAAGUAUAUAGAUGAAUGAAUAAACUAUUGUGUGGAACUUUUUUU